GAAGGCUGAAGCGAUUGAUUCGAGCGACGUUGGCGAUUCUCGACGACGACUUGUUCCCCGCGUGUUUUAAGUAAUCUCCGUCGUUGUUUUCGAAAGAGACCUAAUCAGCAGUCGCAAAAAUGUCCGCCCUCUUCAACUUCCAGUCCCUCCUCCUCGUCCUCCUACUGCUCAUUUGCACGAGCGCGUAUGUCCACCACUUCACCCCGAGUAUCAUGGACAGGAAUAAGAACGGGUUCAUGGGCAUCUUCUGGAAAUGCGCAAGGAUAGGAGAACGAUUGAGUCCAUACAUAAGCAUAUGCUGUGUCCUCAUGGCUUGCUCCAUCCUCCUCAACUAGAUCUCAUGUUUACCUACCGACGGGACGUUUCUGUUUUACCAUGAUUACGAUGGGCUAGGAGUUGGGCUGGGGCGAAGCAUAACACGCUAAUGGGCGGUCUUCCGGCUUCCAUGUGUACAAAUCUGCAAAUUUACGAUUACGAUCUUCCUAUUCA